AUUGUUUAUAUUUUCUCAAGUAACGAGUGAAUAUAUUAUAUAAUACAUUGAGAUAUCUGAAGUCAAGAGUAUUAAAAAUGUUAAACCACAGUAUAAGAUCUUGUAAGAGGAUGAGUUUAUCUACAUUGGUACAUGGGAACCUGAAAUAUUUCUCAAAUUACACACAUCAGUUGAAAUGGUGUUUAUGUGGUCAAAUCAGAAGUAGUCCGCAGAAGCAAAUGUUAAAGAAUAUCAGAGUAUACUCAAUGCACAGCGAUCAAAGGCGACAGAGAAUUGUAAUGGAAACCUCUACACCAAAGAUAGUUAUAAAUAAAAAUAAAUUAGACAAAACAGAGAGUAUAGAAAUUUCCACUAAGAAUGUUUUUCGAGAGAAGGUUGAUCCAUAUAUUAAGCUGGCAAGGUGGGACAGGCCUAUUGGUGUAUACCUGCUCUACUGGCCAUGCUCCUGGUCAAUAGCUCUAGCCUCAAUCCCUGGUACCGUUCCUCUGACCACUAGUCUGCAAACAGCUGGCCUGUUCCUUGUGGGCGCGGGACUGAUGAGAGGUGCAGGUUGCACCAUCAAUGAUCUCUGGGAUAAGGAUAUAGACGCACAGGUUGAAAGAACCAAAGACAGACCGCUAGUGUCUGGGGCGAUAUCACAGAAGCAGGCGGUAGGUUUCCUGGCGGCGCAACUCAGCUUAGCUCUGGGAGUCCUCCUUCAGUUGAACUGCUACAGUGUUGUACUCGGAGCGAGUAGUAUGUUAUUAGUAGUGACGUAUCCGCUAGCCAAGAGGUUCACAAACUACCCUCAGAUAUUUCUGGGCGCGACGUUCAACUGGGGGGCGCUGCUCGGCUACACGGCCAUCGCGGGCCAACUCAACCCAUGGAUCUGCGGGCCACUGUACAUGUCAGCACUAGCGUGGACAGUUGUGUAUGAUACGAUAUACGCACACCAAGAUAAAAACGACGAUGCGAGAAUAGGGAUGAAAUCGACGGCCCUCACGUUCGGGGAGCACACGAAGCCAGCGCUGUCUGCAGCAUUAAGUUGCAGUGUUCUCGGCCUGGCGGUAGCGGGCUACAACGCUCACUUGGAAGUGCCAUAUUAUAUAGCUCUAGCUGCAUAUGCUGCACAUGCUGGGAGACAGAUCUACACAUUAAACCCUGACAAUCCAGACGACUGCGCUAAAAAGUUCAAGUCCAACUCUUUAGUUGGUUUGAUUAUUCUACUCGGCAUACUUGGAGGGGGCUACAAACAGUAUUUAGAUAACCGACAGAAUAAUAGAGGGAAAGAAGAUUUAAGUGUUACGAAAAGUUGCGUGUUUGGGUGAAUUGAAAAGGAUUUUUAUAACUCACGAAUAUAACGCGUACAAAACAGGUACAGUCGCGUGACCUAUUGUUGGUUGUCUCUUUCUGUUGCGUAGAAAAUAACGCUAUCACGUACGGUACGUUCCACAGGUAGGUACGAGACGUACCUACCUAUGGAAACUAGAUAGCAACCUAUUUGUUACUACAGAGUUUGUUUCGUCGAAUCUUCCAGCCGGCUGUUAAACCAGUGGUAGAUUUAUUUGUUGACAUUAAUAUAAAAGCCUGUUAGUUUUUUUUUUGUACAGAAAAAUAAAAAAUUUCAUUCAUGUCUGAGUGAAAGAGACGAGUAGCGAUAGGUCAAAGGCCUUCUCAAAUCUUAGUCAUCCACGGCCCGACUAUAGUGUAAAUUGUAAAGUGUUUUGGUGUUAGGUAUUUUGUGUUAAUCACAAUUAAUGAGGUAGAGGUACAAGUUUUAAUGUUCUGUUUGUCAUACAACAUAUAAGAACUUUUUAUAGUUUUGUGUGCACUUGGUAGGUCCCCGUGCCUAUGAUGUAUUUUACAAACAGGGGCGUAGCUACCGCCGUAUAUGCCAUACCAAAUAUACAGGACACCUGGGCCUCAUCGUACGUAAGCAAAAAUUAAUAAAAUCUUUCCAUUUCGUAAAAGUAAAAAAGACAACAUUACCUUAGGACCCCAAAACAAAUUUUUAUAUGGUGCAUCCAAGGCAUGCUACGCUUCUGUUUAUAAAUUAGUACUUGUUUGUGCUCAUAACAAAAGUAUGCCUGGAUACAAGUUCGUUUAGCCAUAAAAUGUGCAUAAUUUUACCAGUGUUAACUGUACAAAAUAUUUAUUAGUAGUUUGUCUAGCAGGGCAGUUCCUAGAUAUUCUAAGUUAUAUUUUGUUAUAUUUACUAAUAUAACAAGGUUUUCGUGUCCUUGUAAAAAUCGAAUUUGAUUUUAGUAAAAACUAUCUUUUAAUUAAUAAUAAUUGGUUAUUUGAUAAAUAAUA